AUGGUCACCUGCAUUGCAGAAGGGAUCAUGUACGAGCAAAUCAAGGGCAUUCCAAUGGGUUCACCAAUCUCCGGGCUCAUUGUCGAGGGGGUUCUACAAAAACUCGAGAAACGACUGUUCGAGAAGUACAAACCACAGUUUUGGACACGCUACCUUGAUGACACCUUUGUGGUCAUCGACCGGAAUAGAGGCAACUACUAUGCGAAACUACUCAAUUCAAUCAUUCCCGAUCUACAGUUCACGAUGAAAGACGAAGUGGAGGACCAACUUCUAUCCCUGGAUGUUCUCGUCUGUCGCCAACCAAACGGCAAUCUACAGAAAACCGGCGGGCACGUCGAAAAAGCUCCGUUACAACAGCAACCACCCGCUACAGCACAAACGAGCCGUGUCCGCGCGCUAUACUGA